UUUGACUGUAAACUUUCUGCAUGAGCUCCGUCAGUCAGACUUUCAGCGUGCGGGGAAGUUGGUCCAGCCCGAGUCUGAAACUGGAAUAUUCACCUUUAAACAUGAAACACUGACGGUUGAAGCUGUUUUUUCCUCGGUUAUAGACAGAUCGGUUUAUCUUUUUCAAGAAAUGGAGGCUGUUAGUAAGUGGAGCCCGCAGCAGGUGGUGGAGUGGAUGAGAGGUAAGGCAGAUUAAAGUUGUUCUGUUGGCUGUGUUUGGGGAAGGUAACGGUGCUGUGUGCUUUCAGUGUUAACAGUGAGGGUGAACUCAGAGCACUAAUGUCGUCUGUUACAGAGAGAGAGCUAGGGAGACUUCUCAAAACUACGAUUUAUACUCUUAAAAAAAGCAGUUAAGUAUAAUCUGAAAUAACUCACACUAAGUCAGAGUUAUUUUGAAGAUUUGAUGAGCCUAACCACAUAUAUUGUAUAUUUUUUGUACAUUGUUACAGCUUUAAGGUAUUAAAACCAAACAAUACUAAGUCGUUUUUUUGCUACACAAUUUCUAAAAAUAAAUAAAUAUAUAUAUAUUUUAAUUUUUGAUAGAUUACUUGAACAACCAUACUUCAGUGAACACAUAUAAUAGGGAAAACAAACAAGUUUUGAUGAGCGCAAUCAGAUAUAUUGUGCAAUUUUUGUUCAUUGUUACAGCUCUAAGGUAUUAAAACCAAACAAUACAAUAUAGUUUUUUAUACACAAUUUUUCAAAAAGAAAAAAAAAAGUUUUAAAUUUUUUUGAUGGAUUACUUGAACAAGUAGACUUAACUACACACAUUUAACAGUGAAAACAAAAAAGUAUCUAACUGAACUAUCAAAGAGAGAGUUGUUGUAAUGUAAAGAAAUUGUUUUGGAUGACUACAGGAGUUGCCAAUAACGCUUAAAAUGAAGUUUUUAAAAAUCAUAACCAUUUCCUUGUUUAUCAGCUGUAACUUAAAGCUCCCGUGGGUAGUUGUUGACAUCAAUUGAACAGACUUAAUUUCAUUUUGAUGCAUUUUUAUUGCAAACAAGACCAUCAGCGACAAGAGUGAAACUUCAAUGUUUUUGUUGUUAACGUGGUAUAAGCUGAGCAGCCCUGAAGAAACAGCCUGCUUUUACAUUUUCAACCUCAGAAAUUCACAAUCACUGAUACAUUUGACUGUCAAUUCAUCAGGAUGAGGUUUUUUGUUUAGGCAUGUUGAGGUUAAGAUAAGUCAAGAUGGCUCGGAGUUCCUCACGGGAGCUUUAAUGAAUAAAUGUUCACAGUGUGGAUUGGAUCCCUUUCUUGGGUCUGAGGUUGAAUGUAAGGAACAGUUGGGGAUAAAGAGAGUUAAACAGUAGCUGAGUUCAGUGAAGCAGGUCUGAAAAUGUGCAGGUGUCAUGGUCAAACUGAGAAUCUGUCCACUAAAAUGUUUUCAUUAAUUUUCCAUACAAAGCUUUUACACCCAGUUACACUCCGUCAUCUCUCUAAUGGUGGCUCAUGUUUGUAUGGCAGAGCUUUUAUGUGUUGGCUCAUUGGCAGGCUGCAGGUUGUUACCGUGUUUACCAUCUUUAUCAUAUUUCCUGACCACCAUCGCAGAUAAACAUGAUGAGAAAACACACAGGGCAGCUGGUUGGUAUUAUGAGCCCUUCAUGUGUGCCAGGUAUUCAAAUAUUUAUCAGAGUGUCAUUGAGCAGUAAACCAGCCCGACCAGGUCUCAGAUCAGCCACAGGGUGAUCCUCAGGCUCGUGAUGCUGUGUUGUGAAGAGCGUUUUUUUAAUAACAGAGCCGUUUGGACCUGGAGCAGCAGCUUGAGUUGUUGAUUUUUGAACCUGUGAGCAUGCACAGAGAUUCAUUGAAAGUAAAGCCUUGAAACCUUGAAAAAAAAACUCAUAAUGUUCCCCUUUUUUAAAAAUAAACACAUGGACAGGAAGCCUGAACAUCCUGUCUUUGAAAACCUGAAAAAAUGACAAACAAUGACCUGGGAAGUUUAGCAACAUGCAGGUUGAAUUGACUUUGCUGCAUUGUUCACAUGGACACAACAAACUCCUGUUUAGAUAACGUGAUGUGUGAUUUUUACUGAGAGAUUAAAACUUCUGAACAGAAAAGUACAUGAAUUAGAUUUUUACAGGUGUCUGCUGUUGCCCAUGAAUUUGGCCCUGUCCAAGUAAAGAGAGACUAAAUUUAAUCGGAGUUGAGGUAAUGCUUUAAUAUCAUUGGUUAACACUGCAUGGCUUGGUCUAAGGCCAAUCAUUGUUGUUAAAUUGGAAAAUAUCAUAGAGAAUACAUUUUGUGCGCUUUUUGAAAAAUUUCCCAAAACAUUUUUUUCUUUUUUUUGAUGCCCCCUUUAAGGGGCUGAAUGGUUACUGUGGUCUCUUGUUGUCUGCAUCUCUACCAGAAUCUGGAGUCCUGUGUAGAUUAUGCAAAUCUGGCCAAUGACACACAGAGAACUAGUCCAAGAUGGUUAUGAAGUCAUUUAAGUUUUGGCUGGCAUUUGUGUGAAAAAGUUCUGACACGUCAUGUUGGCUGCAGGCGAGCUGCUUUAAAUAUUGAACACAAUCAGGCUGCGAGGAUUUUUUUUUUUACUUAUGUGCAACUUCUCUUUCUACCUCUCUGUACCUCUUUUUCUUCUCAGCAGAUGUCUGUGUGUAAAUGAAGUGCCUGUUUUCAUGUAAAUUAAACAGAAAAAAAAAAUAUCCACCCUGUUUUAAAGAUCUGAAAGCUGCCCAGGGCUGGGCGAUAAACCGAAAAUUUACAGAUACCAAAAUUUACAACAAUAACCAACGUCAUUUUACCCAUACUGGUAUAUUCGGUGUCAAUAAAUAAAUAAAUAAAUAAAAGUUGGUUUUGAAUGUGUGUUGGUAGGCUAUGAUCUCAUGUCCCUUUAAGACACUGUUCUACGUCAGAGUUGUGGAGUAGUUAUUUUCCCUUUAUCUUUAUCGAGGUGAAGUGCUCAAUAUAUCAUGGUAUUGAUUUGAGGCCAUAUCGCCCAGCCCUAAAGCAUCCACUGAUAUGAAAAAAGUGUGCAUAAAAUGGAGUCACUGUGUAUGUAGGUAUGUAGGUCGACUGAUCAUGGAGCUGAACAAUUAAACAGAUCUUCAUUAUUAUUUUGAUUUUGGCCCUCAAAACUAUAGAAAUAUGAUAAUUGAGUCUUACCGAGACUGAGCUGUCUGCUUCUUCCCAAAGACUCAAAUGAAGACAUUCAGAAUUAUGAUCCUGCUGUCAUUAAAGACAUGUGGGAAUCAUUUAUAAACCUCUGUUGAGCCUUGGAAUAAUAUUUUGAGCCUAUAAAUUUGGUGGUCACUUACAUUUUUAUCAGUCCAAACGUCAAUAGAGCUCUGUUGUACUCCUGUUCUCCAGCUGUGUUGUACAGUCUGCAGAUCCACAAACGUCUCCCACUUGGCUGUCAGCCUCUGCUUUACAUGCUGGAGUAAUAAGGGACUUUUUUUUGUACUUUUUAUCUGUUGAAUUAUUUUAAACUCUCCUGUGUUCCCUUAAAUACUCUGUCUGUUCCUUUAUUUAAACCAAAACCCUGCAUCUCUAACAGUGGUUCACUGAUGUGAGAAAGUGAACAUCCAUUCAGCCCAGUGUGUCCUCUGACAACAAACACACAUACCAACACACACGUCAUAUGGCAGGGAGGACAAAGCAGAUCUGAGUGUCAGCAGUGGUCCAUAAACACUCAGACAAACCCAGCUCUUCACGGAGGUCAGUCUCCUGCUGCGGAAGGGUCAGAGGUCACUGUUACUCUUUUCUGUGGAGGCGUCAUUAAACCACACAGACAUGAUCCCACUUUUGUUCUGCAUGAAGAGAUGACAACACACAAGGGUCAGUCACAUGACCUGCAGGGUUUAAUGAAGCUCUGUCCCUCUCUGUGUUUCCAGUCAGUCUCCACACUGCAGACUAAUUAAGACAAAAUAAUCAGACCCCUUAAGCAGUCAUGAGGGGAUCCCCCAACCAAGUCCUGAGGGUAUGACCAAGUCCAGACUUUUUAAUGAUCCUGUAAAAACUAUGAUAAUUUGAGAUGAUGGAGUUUUGAUAGUUAUGAGCUGUGAAAAAAUACUGAUGUGAUGUUCUACGUCAUUGAGAUGCACUUGCAAACACAGUCAGAUUUUUUUUUUAAUAGAAUUUGUUUGAACAUGAACAACAAUUAAACAUAGUACAAAUUUAAGACAUUAACACACAGAAAAAAAACCAUAAAUAACAGAAAGUUAACAAAACCAGAGAGUCGAAUAAUUUUGUCAUUUGCAUGUCUAAAAUAGAGUGGGAGGAAGUCGAAACUUGUCUGGUUCCACCCCUUCAAUCAGAGGCAGCUAAAUAUCAGAGUGCCUCUGGCUUUCAGUUCGGACCAACAUUUUUCACAGCUAACAAUGUUUGAAAAUAACGUGGACACGCUUUUUUCUUUGUUUUUAAAUUUGACCUUUUGACCCUCAUCUUUAAGGAGCACUAAAGCUUUUUUUGAUUUUUCCUGACCCAAUGCAGGAGAUGCUCUUACCUCUUUCUAUCAAUUAUUUUAACAUAUAUUUACCUUUUUGAGGCCGAUACAGGGAGUCUAUUCCUGACUCCGCUCUGGCACCUGUAUCUAGCAGCACCUGGAUCCAGCAUGUAGAGCCCAUGUGAUCACGACAACCAUGUGUACUAAGGCAGUGGUUCUCAAAGUCCAGUCCUCGAGGCCCACUGUCCUGCAUGUUUUGGAUGCUUCCCUGCUCUAACACACCUGAUUCAAAUGAUCAGCUCGUUAUCAAGCUCUGUAAUGGCUUAAUAAUGAGCUGAUCAUUUGAAUCAGGUGUGUUGGAGCACGGAAACAUCCAAAACAUGCAGGACAGUGGGCCUCGAGGACUGGACUUGAGAACCACUGUACUAAGGUACUAAUAAAGUAGCAAGGAGUAGGAGUGAUGUCGGCCCUGUGGCAAUAUUUUUCGGUGAAGUCCGAAAAACACGUUGCAGCUGCGUGUAAAACUUGUCAUGCAGAAGUUUGUGCUAAUAUCGGUAUUGGCCAAUAUCGAAGGCUACAAUAUCGGUAUCGUAUCAGAGGUAAAAAAGUUUUAUCGGAACACCCCUAGUGUACAUUUGUAAGUUCUUGAAAUGGAUGUUUCUCCAAACAGGAGCCAUGCUGAGUGCCUUUACUGUGGGUAACACAUUGAAAAUAUCUCAUAUACUCCACUUUGGGAAAAUGUCCAGCAUGUGCCAAACAGCUGCUUGUACUUACAUGGACGGUAUAGUUGCGGUUAAGGAUAUACUACUUUAAGUUAAAUUAGUUUUUAUGACACUGAGGUUAAAAUACUGAAUUGUGAUAAAACAAGUUGAAUAGAUCACUAAAUGUUCCUGCAGAUAUCAGCUCCUUUGUCACUGACCUGAUUCUGUGAUAGCAUCUACACUGAAAUUAAAGCAGAUUGAUGCCUCUGGCUGCAGGCACUGAGGGUGUGUGUGUGUGUGGCCUAUAUUUGUGUGUGUGGCUUGUAUUUGUGUGUGUUUUUACUGGCAUUACACUGAAGCAACAGCUUUUUUCAUUGGCUGUUGAGUAAAAAUUCCUGAGUUGGAUCUCAGCCUGUUCCCACACCAGCUGACCACAAACACCACAAACCUCUUAAUCCAGGCUUUGAGGCAAAUAAAACUAAACUGAAAUAAUCCUGGAGUAAAAAUAGUCCCAAAAAUAGUCAGGGAAUUCCUCUCAUGUAAUAUAGGUCAGCUCUGUAACUUCCAGCCCAGUUAUUUUAACGGGAUUAAAAACAAGUUUGACAAAGAAAGAGGAGGGAACUCAUUUCCUCUGACAGAUAAGUGAAGGCAGAAUAAUAAAUGUGCAAACUUGGGUUAUUGAAGGUUAUUGUGCAGAUUUAAAAGAAAAAGUUUCACUUCAGAGUUCAGAGAUAUUUUGAGAAGCAAACCACAUUUUAUUGAAAACAGCUGCACAGUAUGAACCUCCCUCUUAAAUGCAAGAGAAAGUGACUGUUCUGCAUCUGAUCUGGGUACCUGUUUGCUUGUUUUUAUGGUGUCUCUCAUUGUUAAUUUGAGGGACAUCUAACUACAGAUUUAUAUCAUUGUUUUUCUGUAAAUGUUUCAGGAUUUCUGUCUUUUAUUAAUCUUCUUGAUGAGGAUAUUUUUUAUUGCCUGAUUUGAAAAGCCUCACGUCAUGUAGCGCUCUGACUUCAGGGCUGUAACGUGUUUUUCUUGAACAGCUGACAGCGCUCAAGAAUCGUUUUUAUACCUGCAGAAAACCUGAUUAUAUGUGAUCAGAAACCAGCAAAACAAAGAGGAUCCAUCUACUUGUUUUGAUAGGAGAACAUUUUGGUUGGGACAGGUUGGGUCUCUAACUGCAGAAAAGUUUGAUUCAUUGUGAAGUAAAGGUAAAGAUUUCUCUUUAAGAUGGUGAGAUUGUCUGUGUGUCUGAGUCCUUAGGCUGUUUUGAGUGGUCUGUGUUUUUGGAUCAUCAAACUGAUCACACAGCUGGAGCUCGGAGGUAAACACAGCUCAGCGUGUUCAGACAGAUCUGCAUAUUUCUCUGCUCGUCUGGCAGGUGCAGCUACUCACCUGAGCGUAAAUGAUGACAGAGGUGAGAGAGAGCAGGCUGCAACAAGGGGACACCUCCAUGCCUCUAUCAUAACCAGCAUGUGCACAAUCAGCAUGUGCACAGUGAGUAAAUCCUGAGGCUCUGCUGCAAAAAACUGAUCAGCAUGCCUGGGUUUGAAGGAUUCUAGAAAAAGUGGUUGAUUUUUUUUCUCUAGAUUCUGGAAACUCGAGUUUUCUAUCAGAUAAAGAUAAACAACAAGUCGUCUCAUAAGUCACUCAGUGAUCAGGGAUUUAAGAUAAAAGCACUUUUUAAUGCAAACCAUCCCACUAAAGGUGUUUUGACUGGAAGUCGAGAACUUUUACCAGGACGUUGCCACACGUUUAGAUGCAAAACUCAUGGAUAUUUUAUUAGGAAGUCAAUGCAGAGAGAUUUACUCGACUGGCAAAGCUGGCACACAAGUAUCUCUGCAGACAAGCAACAACAGCACCAUCUUAGAGCAUGUUUUCAGACUGAUUCUGACCCAGGUAGACAGAAAACUGGACACUGACUCUGUUAUAGUUUUCUUGGCCAUUGUUUUGGUGCAGGAAUUCCACGUUUAGAGAUUUGAGUCUCACUCAAUGUGACUGAGAUUAUUUCAUCCGUGCACUUCUUUGUAACUUUCUGUAACUUUGCAUCACAGUUCGUUUACAUGCAGUAUGGUCUAAUGGAAAAUCUUAUGAUCUAGUAGAAAAAACAACAGAAAAAUUCACUUAAAAAAACACAAAAACAAGAAAUCAAUAGUUGAUUGUUAGUAUUUCCAAAGACUGAUCCCAGAGGAUACUUUGAUUUUGCAUCAUUUCCUCUUCAUUCCAGUAAUACUCCUGAAAACGGAAGAAUUUAUUACCUGAAGAAGUUAAAUCUGCAUUUAAUUAGCACUAAAAUAGGCAAUUCUGUUCUCAUGUCAUCUAAUUUUAAUCAGUCCUUUUAUUGAUUGUGAGAUCUUUUAAUGUAAGAUGAUUAAAGAGCAGUUAAUGACUAUUUAUGUUUUGUAAACUUUAUAAACCUCAGGCAUUAAAAGUCCUUUCAAAGAGGUUUUUAAUUUCCCCUGUUAAGGAGCUUGCAGCUGCAGUGAAAUCCUGCUUUUCCUCCCACUGGAUGCUGUUUUGCCAAAAUAAGCCUGAUUAUUAUUUGUUUAAUUGAGGGAAAUUGGAGUGAAGCCACAGCUCAGAUCUUUGUGCUCACAGUCGCAAGUACAAAGAUUUUAUCAAACACAGACUCUCUCUGCUGUUUUUAUUUCCGAGACAAAGGCAGGAGGUCACACUGUCAGGAAGAUUUAGAGGUUUAUUGGAAUUAUAUAGUGAACAUAUGUGCAUUAUUUUGGCCUGUACAGCUGUCGAUAUGUACUUUCUAAUGUUUGAAGAUGCUGCUGUGGUUUCCUAAAAGUCUCCAGAGCCAAUAGAAACAGCCCCUCCUCUCCUGUCUGCACCUGUUGACAGCGGGAUCGUCCUGAGUGAACACAGGUGUGCUGGUUUAACUCCUUGAAAGCAGCAGCUAUCAGACUGUGUAAGUCAUGAUAACAGAAACUCUGUGGCUUCGCUCUGAUAAGGAGGAUCUGAGCAGCACGUGAUGAUUGUUCACAUCAGAACCAGAGCGUGAAGGCGGGAUGUUUGUUCAGAGGGAGGAGGACCGCUGUCAGCUGAGAACGCCGUCACCACGGCCUGAUGAAACCCAGCAGACAGAGCAGAGACGCAGUUUUACAUUAGAUCAGUAUCCUGAUGUCUUUGACCAAAAGUAUGUGGGCUCCUACGUGUCUCAGUUUGUGGUUUUGUUCUGUCCACCGGAUUUUGAACUUUGCUGCAGGGAUUUGGAGCUGCAGGAGCUUUAGUGGUGUCAGGGGAUAAGGUCCGGCUCACGGUCAGUGCCCCUCAUCAUCCCAGAGGUGUUGGAUGGGAUUAAGGUCAGGGGUCUUGUUAACCAAGCCAAAGUGGAAACCAUUCAACUUUGGACCAGUGCACUGAAUUAUUGUCCCAUUGAAACCAGAAACGUCUAUGAUAUCAUUGUUGGCCCCAGUUUAUAGUAAAUGAUUGAUGACACAGGAGCAGGUAGUGUUCCUCACUACCUUGUUGCUAAAGCUGCAUGAAGAGCCCGGUCUCCCACCCAACAUUUGUUCUUAUCAGUGAAACUGAGGUCAGUGAGGGAGCCGCUGAAUCAGAGGAAACAUCCAGAUUGUCUCCACGGAGAGCCUCUUCCUGCUUUCCCUGUGGCGAGAGUGUCUACGGUCACAUUCGCAUGAAAAUCCAGCAGAUUACACUGACAGAUGCAAAUUUUCUUGACGUACAUGCAAAAACUGCUGCUUUGUUUCCUGGUUAUUAAAACAAGGAACCUGAUUUAAUCCAGGCUGCAGCUGCCUUUUUUUUUUUACCCACACUUCUAUAGAUGGUUACAGUGUCGACUCGAAAUACAAGAGCCUGAGGAGAAGUCGCAGAACGAGUAAGGGCCUGUGUCCACUGAUGUACUUGCAGUGGAAAAAAAACUUAAAACAGCAGCUCCAGAUCUGAAAAUGUCAGAGGUUAGUUAUUCCUCUGAGCGGAGUUGUUCCAUCUUCAGUACAUUUUUGCACUCAAAUGAUUAAGAAGAAAUAAAAUAAAAAUAUGGACAGUGGGCACAGGCCCUAACUUUGGUUAUAGCCUGAUCAUAAUGUGAAUGUUGUGUGCGCACCUGAGUUGUGCUUCUCUGUUACAUCACCCUGAUUCAUGUAAACCCCUGUUAUUAGAUGCUGUUAAAACAGAUGGGAACAGUUAUGAGGCCGUCAUCAGUGUUAAUCACUCUUGCAACCAGUAGUAAAAACUGCUGGAGAUGAAAACCUGCAGGACUGGAAUACAGAAUACAGUGAUGCAACAGCAGGGUGCAUUUCCACAAACCUAUUGUUUUUUAGCGUAUAGAAAUUGAAAAGAGCCUCCCGUCCAGGAGCUGAACUCUGCCGGUCUGUGGGUGAAUUCCUGUUUGUUCGAUUUCAUCCGCAGAAAGCUCACAGAGCUGAAGGAAAUCCUUUUUCCUCCUGAAUGGUGUUUGUUGACACACAGUGUGUCCCCGCUGCCUCGUACCAUGAGUCCGGCUGAAUGCUGUGUGUUACUGUGUGUGUGACAAAGUGGAGUGUUUUAUAGAGGCUCAGUGAAGCUAUGAAUAGCUUUAGAGCUCUUUUGCCACUUUUCCUCUCUGCUCUCCACCCUCGUCCUGUUGUGAUGGGGGAGGAGGAGUGAGGACUCCUUUUGUUGCCCCCAGCUGGGGAGUGUCGGGGCCAAACUUCAACACGUGCCAUUUGUUGGGAUGAAUGAGCAAACAGGGAUUUUCUUUAUUGAGCACGAGCAGCUUGAUCUCUGCUGGAGUCUGAGGAUUAUAGCAAAGAAGAAUAAACCUUUAAAGAAAGGAUGUUGUUUCACUUAUUUCACCGUAAUCCAAAUAAAAUCCUUUAAUCCGGCUCAUUAAAGCAGCUGGAGCAACUUUGCCAUCUCUGAAUACUGUCAAGUAUAGAUCAAAUUUGAAAUAGUCCUGUAGCUCCAGUUACAAACUCAAGAGCUCCAUGUGAGGAUGAAAUUAAAGUGCUUGGUCAGUUUUUUUUUUGUAACCUAAAACAUGUAAAUACAUAUUAAAAUAGCUUUGAAUUCUGACAAACUGACCAGAAAACACUCACAAAACAGACAAAAUAUAGCAGAAUUUACCAACUCUACUAGUGCUGAUAAUUGCAGAGCUGGUUGCUAUGUGGCUGAUAAAUUAUUCUGAUAUCACUGUUUUGUUUUUCUUUUUUGUCUUUGAUAAAAACACCGGUUCUUCUGUGGCCACUGAAAUCCAUUAAAAUUAUUCUCCUUAGCUUAAAUAUGUUUUUAGAUAGACUUUUUAUUUAUUCCUGAAAAAGACAGAUGUACUGAAUUUUGCAGUAGAUUUCAGACCAUGAUCAAUAUUUAUGUUAGAAGCAUUAUUAAACUCUAAUUCAGAAUUCAUAUAUAACACUAAUCAGUAGGUGUUUCAGAUGUGAUAUGGUGACAGAAAAACCUGUUUUCACUCAGGGGGGACUUUAACAUCACUUGAAAGCAGCAAAACCCAAAAAGUUAACAAAAAUUGUUCAAAAAAAUCAAUUUAAACACAUCAGUCUGACUGAAAAGGAUGAUUUUACUUGGAUGAAAGAAAAAUAAAGUGAAUUGACUGUGGGGUUUUACACUUUUGGUCAUCUUCACAUAGUAUAUACAACAAUACCCCUGAACUCCUGUGUGGCUUCUUCAUUUUUUAUUGACCAAAAGUAGAGAAAACCAUCAGCUGAGUAAUUAUAUCAUACUUUUAUAUAGAUAUAGUAGCAUAAAAACUGAGAAUUUCUUAACUUUAUGAGUAGCAGCAGUUCAGUUUGUUGUAUCUUACUCAGUAUUUCUGCAUCGAUAAGUGUCUCGUCUGUCAGUUCUUUGCCGCUGUGAUUUGUGUGUUUCGGGGUCAGUCUUGUCAUGUCACUCUGUAAAACGAAGGCUGACAUCUUGUUUGUUUUGAUCUUUUUGACCAAUGAUUAACCGGCCUGUUUAUGAGCAGCUGGAGUUUCACCUGCAGCUCUUUUAUUGACGCCCUCACGUGUUUAACUGGAUCUGGACCAGCAAGCCCACUUUAUCAGGAGCACGCCUGUAAAUACUUCAGAGUUUUACUGUCAGAGCUGGAAUUUAGGAGACAGACUGUAACUGUCUGUAACUGUCCAACACACACAAGGCUGGGUAUUUAGGAAGAUAUAAUUGAGGGAUUUCCAUCUGCUGUGUAGAGAUAAGACGUGUGUGUGUCUUUUAAUCAUUUACAACUUUUAUUACUCACUUUGAUCUGAUUAUAAUUGCCGUUAAACCACCACCACUAGUUUUUCAGCAGAGGUUUUAUCACAUAUUGGUGAAAACAUGGGUUGGACAAAUCCUCCUUGCAUAUUUUCCCACCGUCAGGCGGUGAAAGCUCUCUGAGCUGUAGCUGGGUGAGGCAGUGACAGGGCGUGAGGGGUCUCAGUAAAUCUGCGGUUUUGUCGUUGUAGUAAGAAGUCAAACUUUCCCACCCUGAGCUGCUGCUGCUGCCUCUCCAUAAUAAAACAGAGUUUCCCAGCAGCAGCUGACUGAUGGACAGUCCAGCAGAGGCCCACAGUCCUCAGCAAACACACCAUGAGACCACAGACAGAAAUUAAGAUCUGCUACAUCAGUGUCAAAGUCAGCUCCUCUGGAUCUGCUCUGCAGAAAUAUCCAUCAGGAGAGAUCUUUGUCUUUUUACUGCAGAAAUCAUAACUAAACUCUUCUCAGUCUUUGCACACUUGGUUUAGUUUCUGCUUUCUUUUUGUUCUGACUGGUGAAGUGGCUUUGGAAGUGAAGUGAGACUUUGAUAGUCAUGUAUCAGCAAAUGAAAGUUGGCAGUGUAAAUCAGUCACUAUGUAAACCUGUUUUGAUCCCACAGAUUCCCAACCAUGGGAGCUGGAUGUCAUUACAGUUGUUUGUGUUCUGCCUGCUUUUACUCUCCGUACAGACUUUUUUUUUUUUUACUACAGACGCCAAAGCCUGCUGACACCUGAUUGGUCAAUACAAACACUUUAAAAUCAAGGCCCAUGUGUCAACAUUGUUUCGUGUCAACGUUGUAAUUAGAGAUUAAAAUGAGUCUGUGAAGUUACAGACCACAGCAGUCUCUGUGUAAAUCUUUGAUUUCAAUAACAAAAUGAAGAUGUGAUGAAAGCCCAGAGCUUCAAAGAGAAUCAAGCUUUUACAGUCUCAGAAAGAGUGAGGUUAAUGUGAGUGGGUUUGUUUUCAGGCUGUAGUGAAGCAUCUCAUCUCUGUCCAACAUCAGGAUCUUUUAUUCCAUCCAAUGAAAAUGCAAACCUAUAAUUCAUUCACUCUUAAAACAGUACACUGUGUAAUAUCUGCAGAUAAGAGCACAGAUCCCCAUCAUAAAACCAAAGACCUAAGGGGGAAAAGUCAUCCACAGACUUAUAUGAAAUGUUUUUAAGGCUGAGAUCUGAUUUACCAUCACAAUUUUGAUUAUCAGUGACUCUCUUUCAUUCCUGAUAGUCCGUCACAAGUCUUCUGGAUUUGGUGCUAAGAAACUGUAACAAAGAGUUUUCAUCAAGCAUUUAUCCACAUUUAGGGACUGGACAAAUAUUUGGAUUGAAUUGGAAUUGGAGGAUAUAUCGACACCAAGGUCAGGGUCCAAACUCAGGGUCCUAAUUCAAAGUGUUGGCAGAGAUCAACCUUUAUAAAUGUUGACAGCUAUUUAGUUUAAGAAAAAAAAAAAUAGAACAUAGAUUUUUCUCCUGACAGACACAAUCACAUGCAUUUUUCCCUCAAUCGUAUAUUUUCUACAUAAACAUAAUGGAAGUGACGGUUUUGCAAGUAGUUUAACAGUCUGAGUAUUAAUAUGCAGAGCAGACUUGCAAUAAAAAUCUCUGCUGACUUUUCGUCACACAGAGUCACACUCAUACUAUUAAAUGUGGAAUUACAGCAACAAGAGAACUGCACAGACACAUAUCUCAGACUCAGUGGCCUGUUUUUCUAGAUACUUGUUCUUAUUGAGAAAAUAAACUGGGUCACAGUCAGAAAACGGGUGCAAAGGCAGCCCUAAUGAUACAGAGGUACUGAUGUGCCAGACUUGGUAGUCCUGGAAAUCUCUGUAUUGACUCAGUCUGUCAGCUCAGUGACGGGGUCAUGUCCUGUAAGAUGUUUUCCACCUCCAGAACUCAGCUCCUGUACUGUGUGGUGUACCUUCAGUCAAGAGGUUCACACUGAAACAUGCUCCCAACCUCAGACAGCAGUAAUAUGAGACCACAUGUUUAUAAUCUCUACCUGAUCAGUCAAUACUAAACUGUUAACACCCCUAACUUCAACAGAGUAUUUAAAGCAUGAAGAGAAAUGAUGAAAUAUCUUAAAGUUGGAAUAACCAGCAGAGAGAAGGAGCAUAAAAAUUGAUUAAAACCAGGUUAAUGUUGCAGAACUCUGAGGAUUGAAGCAAACCGUCUCAGCUCUGCGUCUCAUUAGUCUGCUGCUUCAGAAUCACUAACUGCUCAGCUGUAAUUCAGAGCAAACAUCCUGCUCGUCGUUCCUCACCGCCUGCCAGUCAUUUAAAGUCGCUCUACCAGAGCUUUGGGACGAGUGCCAAACCCAAAUAAAAGAGGCAUGAUAAAAAUGUCUCAACUGCCACAUAAAUUAACGACAUUUAUUUCUCACGAGAACUUUGGAUCCAGCUCUGGAUGUUGGCACAGUGCCGGAUUCAGGAGGAGUUUUAACCCCUCUGGGCUCCAGAGUCAAAUUUUCAGGGUGAGUUAUGUCCUUAUGUAGUUUUUAGGCUUUAAACUGAGCAUGGUCGAACAGUGGAAAGAGAUCAGAUGAAGGUCAGGUUUGAUUUAAUGUGAAAUAAAUUGACUGUCACGACUGUCUGAAGCCUGGUUUUUAAUCUAGCCAUCUGAGUGGGCUAUUUCUGCUGAUGUAGAGGGAAUAAUGUCACGUUCAGGUCCAAACAGAGGCUCACAUUUGCUCACUGAAGCUUCUGUUCUGUGUCGCAGGCUCGGCCCUGGCGCUGUCAUGCUUUCAUUAGCAGGUGAUUCGGCUGUCGCGUGACAUGUACCCGACCCUGCUGUGCAGCUGAGAGAUUAUCGGCCUCCUCUGGUGUCAGUAAUGUGAUCCAGGCUGUCGCCAAUACAUUCCUGCUGACCACAAACUCUCCCAGGCUGCAGUCCAGCUCAGAUCAGCUGUGUGCGAGAGGUUUAAUCUGAGGAGCAUUAAAAUUUCCUCCAGUAAAUCUCCUUAAAGCAGGAAGUUUCUCUGUUUCAUGAAGGAAGUUUGGGAUUACUGUGGAAAUUUUGCAGCUUGGCGUCGAUCCAGAAACGUGCAGGAGCUGAACACGUUUUCUGGCUUUUACUCUGAAAUUCUGCAGCGGUUCAAACCAAAACAAACCAGCAGAGGAGGAGAUGAUGUUUGGUUAAGGAGUUUCAGGCUAUUGUUAUUGAAGUACCGUGAUUAAAUGGAUUUAGAUCAUCCUCAAUUUGUCAAAUCAGCCACUCCGGUGAAAAAGUUCAGAUUUGACAGAUUAAAACAAGGAAAACAUGAUUUAAGAGUUCACCUUUGCUCUAUAGAGUAGAGUAUAAGUCUAUUUCUAGUAUUUAUAUCUUUACUUGAUUGUUUUGUGAUUGCUGUCUUGCGUGUAGUUUGUUCUUCAUGUUUAAUUAAACUGCAGCGUUUAGCCUCUUAAUUUGCAAAACAUCAGAAAUUAUGAAAAGUGUCCAUCAGAGUUUUAUUUAUAACCAGCAGGUCAAAACUCCAAUCUGAUUAUUUUGGAAUCAUAUAAAAUGGAAAAAACAAACAAACAGAAAAAAUCAGCAGUGAAAGAUUAAAGGUGUUUGACUGAUUAAUGAAUUCAGUAAUACGAAAGCUCUGCUGAACGCUGAUUCGCUGUUCUUCUAGUGCCAGCAUUACUCAGAGAAAGCUGCUUUCUGUUAUGAGAAGGCUCCUCUGUAUUAUUCUUUGCUAAUAACAACACUGGGGCGUCACGUUAGCAGCUAGCGAGGGAGGAAUGUUGCUCUCGCAGUCGGUGAGUGUGGGCCAUCUGUCGCGGCUCGCUCUGAGCUUGAACAGGAGUCAGAGGGUCUCAGGGAUCUGUAGAGACCACAUGCAGGGAUGGUCGCUCUCCCUUUGUUCACACCAGCUCAGGCAUUUUGGUGCUCACAGAUGUCCAGGCUCAGUGCUUCAUGUGUUGAAGCUUUUAUCAAACUGACACGUAUGAGGCAAAGAAGCCAGUAAAAAUGUCACAUCACUUAAAUGUGAGAGGGUGAAAAGUUUCUCAGUUUAGUUCAGACAUGUUUCCAAGGGCUCAGAAAUAGUUCAGGAUUGUGUAUUAAAACAGACGCCUGUGUUAUCAGUAGUUAUUAAAAUAUUUCAGAGCUUAAGCACUUUUCAUCAAACCCUGUCCGGACCCAGAGCUGGUUCUGAUGAGUGUCUGAAGACUCACUCUCAGAGUUUCUGCUCCUCAUUGAUCCCAUGUGAGAACUCUUUUAUCUCGUCUCCUGCCGCCUACUUUCACUCAGAGGUCAGAGGACAGGGGUCAGGGUCGGACAUAGAGUGGCGCCACCAAAGCUGGCUGUGUCUCACUCAUGGUCUCACAAGGUCACAAGGUUUCUGCUGGUCCUGAAUGUUGGGGUUUAACAGCUCUGUUUGACCUGCAGGACGAGCAUGAAGAAACAAAAACACAUAUUAACUUGGGGUGGGAAUCACUAGUGGCCCCACGAUACGAUAUUAUCAUGAUAAUUGGGCCACGAUUCGGUAGUAUCGCAAUUUAAACAUUUUGAGAUACAUUGAGUAUUGCGAUUCUCUUCUUUUUGUCAUAUCGACGCAAUAUUUUAUUUUCAUGUUGCAAAUCUUGGAAACCUCGUGUCAUGUGCAUCUAAUUUGUGCCUUGCUUGCAUUCCUAAUGUAGGUGCUGCCAUAUAUUUUGUACUAACAAUUGAUUUUAUUUUUCCAUUAUUAUAGACUUGAGUUCAUAUUAGCAAUUACUUUAAAAAAUCCAUACUUGGUGGAUGAGACAAUACGAUGAAUCACCAGACAAAAGAUUGCGAUACUAUGCUGUAUAGAUUUUUUCUCCUACCCCUAAUAUUAACCAAUCAGAAUCAGAAGUUUUAAACCCGCUUGUUAUUGUGGUUAUAACAUCCGAAACAUUUAUUUCAAGAGUUCAAAAUUAUAAUCUGAAAAACUUAUGAAUACUUUGAAUUUAGUCUUCGCACCAGUGCUAAAUCAGUUGUGAUUGAUACUUAAAGGGGUUAUGAAGGACAUAAAGACACUGAUGAGAGGCCCUUAAAGUGGUUACAAUAAGAGAGUCAAUAAAUACAGCAGCAUGAAACAUUUACUGGUUACAUUAGACUGUUAAAAAAAUACACUAAGAUACAUUAUUAGAGGAGAAACUUAUCAGGGUUGUGUUAGAGACUUUUAAAGUUAGACGCUUAAAACGGUAAAGUUUAAAGAUAUUUAAAGUGGUUACAAAUUCACACGGUUUGGUCCUAUUAGACAGUAAAAUGGUAACAUGAAUAACUUAAAUGGAAUCAUUAGACACUUAAACUGUUACUAUAGACACUAAAUAUGGUCACACCUGAAGCUUCAGUGGUUACAAUUGGUACUUCAAGUAUAAUGCAUUAGCAAUCCAAUGCAUUAUGGGUGCUACAGACAACAAGGAUCUUCUAAAGGUGGUCCCAGAAAUACAGUUCUGAAUGUGCAGCCUCUUAGUUUGCAGACACAUACCUCUGAGGGGAACAAUCUGUAUAAAACGAGGAUAAACAUUUUCAGCUUUUUGUUUUCACUUGUGCGUCCCGCCUGGAAAAAUCCAGAACAUUUCAGGAAUGUGAUGCAUGUGUGAAAAAGGCUUUAGAGAUGUGUCAUUGAAACAGGGGAACUUCAGAGAGCGUGGUUGUAGACCUGUCAGUCUGUCUGAAAAAAAGAGUGAUCCUGAGGCGUGGCGAGCUGGCUGGACAGCGUUUGCUGUUAGUUGUCAUGGUGAUGGAUCAGCAGGAAGAGUCAAUAAGUGUGUGUUGACUCAGCAGCUCUGUUUGCUGUCAGACUUGAACAGAUCAUAACAGAGCGGACUUUCACUAGAGCUGAUCUCUAUCUCAGUAUCGUUGACUUACAUGGACAGCACAUGUCCUCUGAGUUAGCUUAACUCAGGACACACUAACUACAUACUGCUGAUGUGUUUUUGUGUGUGUAUGUUAAAUGCUUUAAUGAUGCAGACAGCAAAGAGAUAACUGUGAAACUGAGGGAGAUUACCUCUCUCCUUCCUUACUUCUGUGUCUCCUCUAAGUCCUCUAUCUGGGUCUGUCCUCAGGUCUGGAUGACAGCCUGCAGCAGUACAUCACAUCUUUCCAGCGGCAGCAGGUGGACGGGGAGAGGCUGCUCAGGAUGUCCCAUCAGGAGCUGCUGUCUCUGGGCGUGACGAGGGUGGGACACCAGGAGCUGAUGCAGGAGGCGGUGGAUCUGCUCUGUGCACUGGUCAGUAAAUUUUGUAGUGUAUCUCCACAGGCUUCACAAAACUUAGUCUGGAUGAAUCCGAACCUCACAGUUUGCCAUGUUUUCUUCAUACCAGAGCCAUUGCUCAUGCCCCAUAAAUCCAGGUGUAGUAAAAACUAAUAUAAGGACUGAGAUAAAUCCUUAUAUUAAUAACUGUGUAGCCUUCAGCUAUCUGCCUCUCUACUUUAAUAUGCAUGCUUUAGCAGAGUCAUUGCACGCUUAGUCAGGCAAACUAGGCCACUCAGAAAGGCUACGGGCUGUUUGGCUAAAAAAAACAAGUUUUUAUUACAAACUCUAAACAUUUUGAACUUUCGUCGAAAAUAUCAGGCUAUAAAAACAGAGCCUUAAGACUCUGAGUCAGUUUGAAUAAAAUCAAUCAGAUUUCUUAUUUAAAAUCUGGGUCAUUGUAUACAGAGAGCUGAGGUUACAAACUUGAACAACAUAUUGAGUCUAAUGUACCAGUUGGUUCUCUUCAAAUGUUCUGAGCUAUUUUUUUGCAUGAGCAGCUUCUGUUCAUGUCACGGUAAAAACUGACGACUUUGAAUCCAUUUCUCAGCACUGAGCAGGGCUGUGCAGUUGAUUUUAAUGUCAUAAUUAUUGCAAUAUAUUGAAAUUUGCUGUAAACUAAUAAGUAAAAUUUGAAUUUAUGCAAGUAAAUGAAGAAAACUAUUGUAUAUUGUUCUAGGAGCUAAGUUGAUACUUCAAGUUACUGAGAAGCUUGACCCAGAGUAACCAGGUUGAUGAAAGUCCGGACGCUGUUUCUCAGAUGCAGCGAACAAAAAUUUGUUGCGAUGAACAUUACCAAAAUCCAUUUUGCAAUUGACAUUGAGCAAUACUGAAACAAAGAAAAACGCUGGCAUCUAGCGCCACAGCGGUCAAAAACCUUUUGCCCUUCCGGGUCAAUCACCUGCCCACAACAAUGACAUAGCUACCUUUAUUUCUGAGCCGCAGAUAACAAGACAGCGACACUUAGAGCAUAUAAAGUGAACUACAACUCAUUUUAUGGUAUCACAUCAACAUAUUUGGCUCCUACAAUAGUUAUACAUUUUUAACCCUUUCAUUAGCUCUCAUUAUGUGUUGUUUUCACCUGUUGAAUGGAGGCCCGAGUAUAGUGUACAUUCCUUUGCACCAUUUAGAUGUUCGCUGAAGCUGUCAGCUCCUAUUUAAUCUGUGAGAGAGUGUUCUGGAUUAAAUUUAGAUGAAAAUAUUUAACACGUUUAAACCAGAACAUCAGCAGACAAACAGAAAAAACUGUGAAUUAAAGAACUUGUUUACGUCUUUAAUGUUUGUUUAUUCCACUUUAUGUUGUUGUCAAUAUUGAACUGUUUUGUCGGACAUGUAUAUCUGUGGUAAGGGCCCAAACCUGAGGAUUAUGGCACAAGAACUGGAGCUAAGACUAACUGUAAAUGCAAAUUAUCUGGGCAUUGUUGGAAUUUUCACCAGAAUGCAGGAAUUGGCAGUCCUGCACUCUCUUUUUGGUUGCAGCUGGUUCACUUGUCUUGGUUUGGAUCAGCAGUUAGAGGCGUGUCAAUGCUCUGAAGAGUCUUCAUGUUUGCCUCACUCUGCUGACAGACUCUGACAUACCUUCUCUAAUGACUUGGAGGUGUGCACCCACUGUUCCUGUCCAAUCAGCUCUCUUUGUGAGGUGUGUUUAUAAUUUACUGCUCACUUCACUCAUGGUUUGAGUUUCAAGGGCUGGGCUCACCUGACAGCAUGGUUUAGAGUCAACAGACAACAAACCACAAAGUCAUCGCUGGGUUCACAGCGUGCUGAGAUACAGACAGAAGUCACUCUGAGUCCUGAGCUGAACCCAAACAUCUGUGAUCUGUUACACCACAAACAAAUAUCCAAGGCUUAUAAAAACAGUUUUACUGACAUCUGACCUCAGGUUACAGCACACGGUCUGAAAACUUUAGCAACUUUAUGUGACUGACUUUGGGAUAUAAUGGUUCAAUCAGGACCAACCCUUCCCUUCCAUAGGCAUGUGAGCAAGGCCAGAGCCUGAAGCAGGAAAAGCACGUUCCCCCUCUGUUUUAUGCAUACCUGAAAAACCAAAGCAGGGAAGGCAGCAGCUAAGACCCCUGAGGAAGAUUUACCUGCCCUUCCACGUGUGGAUAUAGGGUACCAGAGCCUGAAGCAGGGAGAGCAAACCUCCCCUCUGUUGCAUCUGUGCUCAUAACAAGCAAAGGCAGGAAGAGCAGCAGUAAAGUCCUCCAGGGGUACAGAACUGAGGAGGCAUCACUGACAUCCUGUAUGGUGAGAGAGCUGAAGAAGAGGCGGGUUGUAGAAUGCAUGGGAAGAGCAGUUCAAAUUAAGUCAACAUAUGAGCUGGUGUUAGGAUGAGCUGAUACACUGUGGGUGGAGCUUGACUUUGUGGUCUACCCCUCUUGUUGGACCAUGAAACUUGGGCCUAGGCGGUAUGAUGUUUGAGAGGAUGUGGGGCACAGUUUUCUGUUUCUGUCUGUCUGAGAUACACAAAGAGAGGUAAAGAGAGAUACCCCUGAAAUAUUGAGGGAGCAAAUCACAAAAUAACCCAACUCUUACCGGUUAUCUACAAACCUACAAAGUUUGCAGAGUCAACACACCAGAAGGUUCUGAGAUAAGUCACGCCCUGUUUUCCUCUUUGGCAGCGCAGUGAAGAACAUCAGAAACAUACCAGCACUUGCACUUUAAGAGGAGAGAAAAGAUGCAGCUCUCUCCGUCUGUAUUUCUGCUCAUAAAGAAACCUCCUGCUUUUUCUCUCCAUCACAUGAUUUAAAUGGCAGUGGGUAACACUGGGCCUGGCCGUCAUACUGGAGAAUGUGCUGAUAUAAAUAUAGUGCACACUGUCAAACUCUUAUCAAACCUGGAAAUGUGCCACACUGCUGGGUUUGAUUCUUCUACACUGUGAAAAAUGUGCAGAAGAAAGGGUGGAAGAACAACUUUAAAAAUGAAGAACCAUUUAAAACACAAAUUCAGUCAAAUAAAUACACAAGGAGGAAUAAAACGAUGUUAGAAACAAAUUCAGUUCACUCAGAUCCUGUAAACUUUGAAACUGAAGGUUAAACCCCCUUAAGCUCCCAUGAAGACUUUUUUUUGACAUCUUUAAGAUAGACUGAAAUUCAUAUUGAUUCCUUUUUACAAAAACAAACCAGACCAUCAAUCACAAAAUUGUUUUUGACGCCUAAACCUGAACUUGUCAUUCACAUCCUCCAGUAUUUUUUCUCACUAAAAGUUCACCUUUCUGCAUUUUAAAUGUUAGAUAAUCCCUCCCUUGCCCUGUGCCUGGUGUAUCUGCGUUCAUGAGAGGCAAAGGCAGGGAGAGCAUCAGCAAAGACCCUGGGAUGCAGACCCAAGGAGGCUUCAAAGAUAGAGGAUAGGUACCAAUGAACCUUUGACAUAUAAAAACAUUAAAAAGUCUUUCAUUAUUACACAGCAGCAGGGUGAUCAGUAUGUUAUUGAUAGUCUCUCAUGUGGUCUUAAUUAUAAUCAUAAUUGAGGCAUCAGUGUUUCUUUAAACUCUGCAGCAGCGUUACGUUUCUCUAAAGCGGCAGAGCUGUUGUUUUUCCGAGUUUUCAUGUUGAUCUGCAGACAGAGCGCCUCAGUCAGCUGUUUAUGAGCUCUGUCUGUCUGUGUCUCUGUGAAAAGGAGGAUUUACAGCCACUGCUGCUGAGCUUUAAUGGUGUAACUCUGCUGAAUAGGAUGUUUGAAUGGAGCCUGACACUCUGCUGUCACCGCCGACAAACACUGGAAAUAACAAGAGGACCGAACACAAACAGUAUCAGAGUGGUACUGUUCAAAGAUCUGUGAUUAAGGCGCUCAAAUUAUUGUUCUUAAACAUCAAAAUCAGAUUCACCCCUGGGCAGGUAACCCUACUUUAUAUAACAGGGGGCAGAAAAGUUAUUAUUGUUUUAAAUAACAGGGACAUUGACUCACAAUACAAAUCACUCAAGGUUUAUCUAGGGAUCUGGGGAUUGUGAGCGUGCAGGAAGCUAGAAUGACUAUCCAAAGGUGUUCAGGGGUUAUUACUGUGAACUUUAAUAUCUGUGGCAGGUUUAUGAUUCUCUGUAACAAUAUAAACAUGACCUCACAAUGAUGAGAGAGGCAGUAAAUGACUGAAAAUAGUCUUGAAUAGACCCGCAGACAGCAGCAGCAGCAGCAGCUUCGAGACUCAGGGAGAGUUUUUCCUGCAGGCCCAACUGAAGGUCAGGUGACGUGUUCGGGAUAUUUUCUGCAGCACAAAGCUGACUUUACUGCUCCACGGUACAGAGCAGGAAACAGAUGUGACCCUCCCACCUGUCAGAAAGACCCCCACCCUUCCCCUGAAGCACACACACACACACUCUGUGUUCAGUAAUCAGAGGAAGAGCUGUUGCAGUUUUGUUCCAGCAGCAGCUUCCGUCAGCUGUGUGAUGAUAAACUUUCCAUCAGAGACUCUAAAUGUAACUUUCCAACAGCUCAGCUUUAAAACCAAAGAAUCUGAUCGUUCAUCUGCAGAUAUCGAGUUAACUUUUAACAAUAUCAGCUAUCUGCAUUUGGUGAUCACUGUGCCUGUGUUUUUGAAAGCGAAGGACUGGUCUGUACCUGUGAUCAGACUGCUGCUGGUCUGUGAAGCCUUGAUGGUUCAGGUAUUUACGUUCAGCUAAUUAGUGUGAUCAUUAUGUGCUUAAUGUGUGAAUCUCUUUAAUGGCUGUGCGUAAUUGGCCUUGUAAAGGAUCACUAAUGUCAGACUCACACGUCACCUGCAGAGACACAGAGGAGGAUCCACCUCCUUUAAAAGCUGCUCUCUGAUUGAUGCGUGCUGCUCACCUGCAGGUUGAGCUCAUUUUACCUCAGACAUGAUUGAAGAUUGACCUGAAACAUGUCUCUUACUGUCAGCUGUCAUUUUGGGUUAGGUGUUGAUUUUUUACAAAGUGCACAGGCGGCAGGUGAGCUACAGUUUGGCAGCAGAUGUUUUGAUUGGCCCAGAGCGUCCUGACGCCUCAAACAUCUCAUCAGCCCAAGGCGAGCCGGCGCAUUCGCUCUGACAACAGGCAGACAGAUAGAGAGGCCCUGUGAUGAUCUGUGGAGAGGGAAGAAAACCCGAGUUUAAACUGCUGCAGAUACCGACGAGAAAAAUCAAUACAGCAGCACAGUAGUAUGAUAUUUUGUGUGAUGUAUCUCAUCGUCUCAUUAACCAAGUAUCGAUUUUUUCAAAUUAAUUGCUAAUAUGAGGUCAAAUCUAUGGUUAUGGAAAAAUUAAAUCAACUGUUUGUCGAGGUGACAUCAUAGAGCAGGAGAAAGUUAGUGCAGCAAAUAUAUAUCAGGUUUGCAAGAUGUGCUACAUGAAAAAAAAUACAGCAUAAAUAAAACAAACAUAAAGAAAAGCCAAAUGCUAAAUUAGCUAAACAGUUGAAAAAAUUGUAUAAAUUGCGAUAUAUUGUAUCGCAAUACUCACUGUAUUGAAAAAUAUUAAAAAUGUUAAUAAUAUCAUAUCAUGGCCUAAGUAUCGUGAUAAUAUCAUAUCGUAUUGCAUCGUAUCAUAUCAUAUCGUAUCGCAUUGUAUCGUAUCGUAUGGUAUCGUAUCGUAUCGUAUGGUGGCCCAAGUAUCGUGAUAAUAUCAUAUCGUGGUGCCACUGGUGAUUCCCACUGCUACUUGAGACUCCACAGGAGUGCAGUGAUAGAGUAAUGUAGUAAUACAGUAAUGCAAUAAUGCAGUAAUACAGUGAAGCACUAGUGCAGUGUUACAGUGAUUCAGUGGUGCAGUAAUGUAAAAUGUACUUCUAACGCUGAUAUAUUCAGAAGGAUUUCACAGUUUGAAUGUCCAACUGCAGUGACUCCUCCACACUCAAAGAUUGCUGAACGUUGAGAUGAUUCAAUCUUAUUAGAAGUACAGUUUUAUUAUCUGACACUUUUGCUCUGUAAAUGUUCGGCAGAAUUACGGCGUGGAGUCGGACAACCUGAAGACUCUGGUGGGGAAAAUGCGAGCGGCUCAUCACAACCUAAACAGCGCCGUGUCGCAACGCAGGAAGAACCCCGUCUACAACAGCAAAAUCUCCCAUCAGCCCUCCAAUGAGUUCCUGACAGCUGUGAUGGAGCUGAUCGGAGCUGCCAAAAGUCUGCUAAGCUGGCUGGACAGGUACACACACACUUGUUUACUACAGAUAAUCUCUAAAGUCAGCACAAAGUAAAGACAGCUGAAGAGAGUAAAUCCUUUUUUUAUUAAAUAUUCACUCAGAGACACUCGAUGAAACAGGUUUAGACAUGAUUUUUGAAACAUAUUAAUAAUAAUUCUACGGUAAUACCUUCAACUCACUGUGGCACGGCUUCAUACUGGGUACCAUACUUAAAAAUGAAGAAGCAGCAGUUGCUUGCGAGCUAGCUUAAGCGUCCCUCUGAGAGAUGAUAAGACACUUUUUAAAAACUAACUUUCAGAUUUUCUAUGAAACAAAAACAAACAUCUACCAGGAGUAGAUAAUUUCAAAAUAAAAGCACAGUUUGUUAAUAUAUGUGUGUGUCAAACAGCAGCAGCUCACGCACUGUUGUCAUCUCUGCUGCUUGUUAACAUGUCAACUGUCUGAGUCCUUCAGCUCCUCUCAGCCUGUAUCAGCAUGAAGAACAUUCCAAAUCACUGCAGCUGUAACACACACACACACACUGACAUGUUACAGCACUAUCACACACACGCUUGACAUUUGAUACCUGUCAUGUGUCACACACACCUUCAGCCUAACAGAUCUUUUGUGAAUCUGGCACGUUUAUUCUUUGGAUUGAGGGAUCCUGGAAACAUCUGCGGUACUAAAAUCCUGUGAAAAAGUCUCUUCACCAUCUUCAGUUUUGCUUUGAAAACGUUAAUACCUUUAUUUAUUUAGCACUUUUAAAAACAAGAGUUUACAAAGUGCUUUAACAUGCAAGAAAACAAAGAGGAUAAAAACAACAGAACAACAACAAGAGAACACGGGGAAAGAGCUUUGAACAGACUACUUGUCCUAAUGUGACAUUAUUGGCAAUAAAGAAAUAAAAUAAAAUAAAAAUCGUUGGAAGACAUAAAAGCUUUGAUGAGUGUCACAUGAGCUGAGACAUCACUAAAACGAAGACAGUAAAACACUGACAUUAAAAGAACUCGUGAUACCCAGCCAACACAGGAACCCAACCACAAAAACCUGAAACCAAGGAGACUAUUAUAAAACAUGAUUAAGAAUAGUAAAAGAUUUUAAAGAGGACAAAAUCACAUAAAAGUAAGUCUAUAAAAUGAGUUUUAAGUGAGUUUUUACAAAAUGCAAAACCAGAUACAGGAAAAGAAGAAGAUUAUGUUAUUAUAAUGUUUGAGAAAUUUGCCUUUAAUUUAAGAAAAAGUAUAAAAACUGUAAAGCAAGUCAUGAAAACAGAAUGAAAAAUUUAACUUAAUGAGUUUUUCUCUCUUUCAGUUUUAAAGUUUUAAAGUGCUUAAAAAAAAAAAAAACUAAAAGAAAAAAAAGAAAAGUGGUGACUGUAUGAGGCUGAUUGUCUCAAUGCUUGAUGCAAUAAAACAGUAUUUGUUAUAAUGUUUGAAAGGACAAAAACUGACAAAACAGUGACACAGCUCUGGUUUGACCCUGCUCAGAGAUCCUUCAGGGUGUUGGAGGAUCUAGAUCUUUCCUCUGAGCAGUGUCAGUCUGCCAGGGUUCACUGUUUCACUGCGGUUCACCUCAUCCUAACACCACCAUUCCCUCUCCAUGCAGGACUCCUCUGACCAGCGCCAACGACUUCACCUCCACCAAGAGUAAAAUCAUCCAGCUGUGCCUGGAGCUGACCUCCACCGUGCAGAAGGUCAGUCAGACUGAAUGAAGCAUAAACUAAUGCUAGAGUGUUUCUGAGAGAAGCUGCUGGUUUUAAAGAGAAAUCAGAGAAAGGGGUCAGCUUGAUCUCUGAUGUUGGACUGUUUAUUUUCAGGCUGUGAUGAUGAUCCAGAUUACAGCUGUUUACAUGUUCAAAGUCCUUUUGGUGAAGAGUUUCUGUCAGAUAUCAGCCUCAGCAAAACAAACAAGAGAAAGUCUCAUAGCUGUCUCUCCGUCUUUGAAUUUAUGAAACUUUUCCUACUUUUCUGGAUGCUCUCCAAGUUUGAUUUAGUUUAUUGGGGAACCUGAAACUCAACUGAGAUUAAACUAUUUAAAGGAAACUCAUGUCCAGGUCCUGGCAUGUUUAAAAUGAUUGCAUACAUUAUUUUAUUCCUCCUCUUGUGUUGGAGAAUUAUUGACGCUGGGAAACCCUGAUGAGGAUUGAUCCACAGUUUUCAUGCUAUUGUUACAAGUGAAAAUACUGCAUCAACACAAAAGUCUGAUUCCUUGUUUAGACAAAGGACAGGUGGAAUAUAAAGGUCAGGUUUUAGAGUUGUGAAUGUUGUCCCCCAGAGUUCGGUGCAGCGUUGAAGGCGUCGCCUGCUGCGCUGUCAUGCAAUCAUCCUGUCAGCCUGUUUACAGGGAGCUGUUAUUUCACCGACCGCAGGAGGACUCCUCUCAGUGAGGCGUUCGCUGUCCCUCCCUCUGGUUUCACUCUCCUGUAGGCUGUCAUUUCUCAAAUACUUUUGCUUUCCCGCUGAUUCCUUUCCGUCUUUCCACCACACUCAGAGCUCUCCACACUCUGACUCCUGAAGGAGACUUUCCUUAUAUCACAGGAUGGGUUAGAGUUAAAGUUUCCCUUUUUAAAAACAGGACAGAUAAACUGUUCUCCAGCGUCAGAACUGUGGAUCUGAUAUAUUUGUCUUUAUUGCACAGAGCUCAGUUUCAAACAUGCACUUGUGUCUGUUUUUUUAACCACAUAGAAGGUUAUCGUGAUGUUUGAGAGGGAGAGUGCAUCUGUUUCAGCGUCAGCAAAAACUCCGGAAACUUCCUUAACAUCCAGGAUUUCUCAUGUUUGAAAUCAUUUCUAAAACUAUCUCACUUUUUUAUGUUUUUGAUAAACAUGUUUGAGGAUUUCAGACUUUGUGUCUCUCUUAAUUACAGAACUGUACUGUUUAUGAGAUCGAGGAGAAGAUUCUGGAAGUGGUGAGUGCUGCUGCUUCUUUUUCUUUGGGUUUGCAUGUUAGAAGAUACACACACACACACACAAACAUAUACACACAGGGAACAGCACAGGACACUUAGAACAAGACAGGAAAAGUAAACGUGUGUGUCUAUGUGUGUUUGUGUGUGUGUGAGUCCUUUGGUUUGUUUAUCCAGCUCAGUCAGGACCAUCCUCUUCCUGUCUCAGAUAACACUUCCGGUUGGCGGCCCUGUUGUUCCCAGAAAUCAAAUCAGCUGAUGUUGAAUCAGUUUCUGUCCUCACAUCAGUUUCUAAUAAGACCUCAAGCUGCAUAAAUCAGCAGUAAAAAACCUUGUAUCAGUAAAAAAACACAUCCUGGUCUUAUUCAAACGUUUCUGCAGACGCAGCGAGGCGGAAGGAUGACUCUCACAGUGUCCUGACAGACUCUCAGAGAACUCUCCCUGUGUUUAGCUCAGUGGUUCUCAAAGUCCAGUCCUCGGGCCCUCCCCUGUCCUGCAUGUUUUGGAUGUUUCCCUGCUCCAACACACCUGAUUCAAAUGAUCAGCUCGUUAUCAAGCUCUGAAAUGGCUUACUAACGAGCUAAUCAUUUGAAUCAGGUGUGUUGGAGCAGGGAAACAUCCAAAACAUGCAGGACAGUGAGCCUCGAGGACUGGACUUGAGAACCACUGGUUUAGCUGUUGCUAUUUUCUGUUUUAUCCUCUUAAAUUUUCAGGAUUUUACACCUUUAUCUGAAUCAUAACAAACAAACAUUUAAUUUGAAUUGGUGGAGAAAAAGUCUUUGGUAUCUUAUACUCACUUUGCUGAUUCUCUCCCCACCUCAGGCUUUAAACUUACAUUAUAAAAAGUGAUUAAAGCGUUAAAGAAAUUUAGGUCAAGCAAAUACAGGUAAGGGAAAAUGUGACCUGAGCAGGUUUUUACUGAGAAGGACCUCCUGUUUACACACUGCUAUUGUCUGCUAAUCAGACUCCACAGUAUUCUUGGUGUCCAUCUUCAGUCUUUUCAGCCUUUCCUGCUGUUCAGUUUGUUUGUCCAGGUGCCAUAUUUAAAGCUCUAAAGCAGUGCAGAUUGUGUGUCAGAGGUUGUGUCGUCAUGUGACUGUAAAACAGGCCAUGAGAAUCAUCUAAAUUUGUAAAGCAAUCAAGAGGAAAUGCAGGAGUAAUCUCUCCUGAGCAGCAUGUUGUUCUUGUUUGCUUGUAAUUUCCUCGCUGCCUCUCCUGACCUCAGAUCCCCUGCUGGGUUUUCAGGGUUCACUUUACUGAUAAAAUGAGGCUGAGGACUGUUUGUGCAGGCCUCAGGCUGCUGGAGGAUCCUUCUCUAUGUGUUUCUAACUAGACAGAAGCUACUGUGCUGCAGCUUUUGUGAGGAAUAUUUGCUUUGUUUGAUUUUGGCGCCCCAUGUGGACAUAAACAGUAUGUCUUAUCUCCUCUGACUUUAUUUAAGGGUUGUUUUUUUAAAGGUCAUAGUUGCUGACUUCGAUUUCUUCUUCUUGUUUUAGUCUCGCGCUCUGAACGGCAUCUGCGAGAAGACGGUGCAGGCGACUUCUGACCCCUCAAAGAGAGAGAUGUCCUGCCUGGAGGAGGUGCACAUCACCAACGUGAAGCCCGGGGAGGGACUGGUGAGUUUAGAGAGUCAAAGAUGAUAACCAGCUUUUAAAAUCGGAGCGUAUUUUAUAAAAACAGCUCAAAUGUCGGAUGGUGUCAGCGGAACGUAUCUGUCGGAUAAGUGCCGAGUUCUGAAAAAAGAAAAACCCACAACUCAACCCAACUUCCCCGAGAAACACUAACAGGUAGUUUAUGGCUGCACCAUGAACCACAAUCAGCAGCAAGUCCAGAACAGAAACAGAUGUAGGUCCAGAGAGAAAACCUCCAAAACCACCUCUGCAGGAAGAGAUUAUAGAGCGAGCAUGAGAGGGAAUUUCUAUAGCAGAUUCAUAUAUACUCUCAAACACCAUGUACUUAAAUGUGUGUCAUGUUACAGGGUAUUUACAUCAAAUCCACCUACGACGGGCUCCAUGUCAUCACAGGGACCACAGAAAACGUAAGUCUGCUGCUGGGGGUCAGGGGGUGGGACACAGUAAACAGCUCAGGUUGAAAAUACUCCUGAAAAUAUUUGUGAUACGUUUGUCUGACUCUCUCGCUCUGCUGCUCAGUCUCCUGCUGAUAAAACUCAGAGGAUCCACGCCGGAGACGAAGUCGUUCAGGUCAACAAACAGACUGUGGUGAGUCGACCAUCCUCUCUGCUCUGAAAAGGUCACAAAUUUAGACCACAACAACGGUGGUUUCUUCGAUAAAACCAGCAUCAGCUCAGGAUGUUCUGAGGUGACCAAAUCCCACAGCUUUUGAACCCAAGUUUUCAUAACACCUUAAAAAAACUCCUCCAAGCAUGUGGGACUCAAUGUGUGGGACUUUGAAUUCUUUAAUUUUGUAAUGAUGUCGCAUCUGCACGCACAGAGCAACCUUUGACAGAACAGUAAAAUAAGUACACAAGGGUGCCAUCUAGUGACAGCAUUUAACAGUGGAAACUCCUAAACUGGAUGAAGUGCCACAUUUGUUGUUUUGUUGACAGCGCAGGCGUAAAUACAACUCUUCUUCUGCAGUUGUUUUAGCAAAAUCUGGGUGCAUGUAUACACAGAUUACUUGAUUUUACACCCUUAGAAACAGUGUAUUCAGAUUAUCCGAUCCCUCAAAUUUUUAAUCGGAUCAAGAAACUUCGCCCAUGUAAACGCGGCUAAUAUUGUGAGAUGAUUUCUCAGCAUCAGUUCAGUUGCAUAGUAUUGACUGCCUAAUAUUUAUAUUCUGUUAAUGUAAAAGUUAAAAAAGGUAAAACCCAAAAUGUCAGACUACUUCUUUAACUGAUUCAAUUACUACCCUGAUACUUUUGGCCUUUUGCAGUUACAAUCAUUUACAGCGAAAUACUUAAGUAUGUGCAAGCGUUCCUGCAGUGCCCUCUAGAGAUCAUCAUUUUGAUCAGCGCCAACACUUCUGCUCUGUGAUUUGUACAGGUCGGGUGGCAGUUGAAGCACCUCGUGGAGAAGCUGAGGGCGGAGUCUGGAGGCGUGGUCCUCGUGUUGAAGAAGAGGCCGUCAGGAAUAACCAGCGGCUUUGCUCCAGCUCCGCUCAAAAACCUGCGCUGGAGGCCACCAAGUGUCCAGGUGAGGUUCUGUCACACCUGCUGAAAUGCCAUUGAGUAUACUGUAACAUACAGUAUGUGACAAUGGUUCCCUGAGUGAAGGGACUUCCUCUCUCUACCCACAUAUGUACAUGUGGAAAAUCUAACAGAAUGGAGAAAGAGUCUCAAUAUGACAGAGAAGAUCAAUUCAGUCAUGCUGUUACCCACAGGACACUUCACUUGUUUGGUUGUUUCUCUUUAACAACUUUCAACCUGUUUGCUUGUUGUACUAGGAACUUUUUACCUGUUUGGUUGUUCCUCUUUAACAACUUUUUACCUGUUUGGCUGUUCCUUCUCAACAACUAUUUACCUUUUUUUCUUGUUCCUCCAAUAACUUUUUACAUGUUUGGUUGUUCUUCUUUAACAAUUUCCUACCUGUUCAGUUUUUCCUCUAGAACGACUUUUUACCUGUUUGCUUGUUCCUCUUUAACAACUCUCUAUUUGUUUUGUUGUUCCUCUUUAACAACUUUUUAUCUGUUUUGUUGUUCUUCUAAGAAUUUUUUACCUGUUUGUUUGUUUGUUUGUUUGUUUGUUCCUCUUAACUACUUUUUACCUGUUUGGUUGUUCCUCUUUAACAACUUAUAACCUGUUUGGCUGUCCCAUCUCAACAACUUUUUACCUGUUCGGUUGUUCCUCUGUAACAACUUUUUACAUUUUUGGUUGUUCCUAUAAAACAACUUUUCACCUCUCUGGUUGUUUCUCUUUAACAUCUUUUUAUCUGUUUGGUAAACGUAUCAGAAACAUAUUGCUGGGCUCAGAGAGGGGAACUUCAGCUUUUUUUGUUUCAGUCAAACCUCUGUGAAGGUGUGGCUGAGUUGUCUCUGGACCUCCCCUGGUAAAUAAAGCCCCCCUCUCGCUGUAAUCUCAGCCUGUCAGUCCGUCAUCAUCUCUUCAGUUUUUUUCUGUUUGUGAUCUAAAAGCUCUCCAGCUGCUCGGUCUGCUGCUCCUCUGAGGUGUGUGUGGGAACAAUAGAUCCCUUCUUUACUUUUUCCUGGAAAUAAACGACAGGAAAGACUCAAAGAUCAGGCCGGUUGAUGUCAGACAUCUUUAGAAGGUGACUCACUUGUUACUCAACAAUGUGACAAUUAGGAUUUCACCAAAUCCCCCUUCAUGUUGACUGAGGUCCAGGAAGUGUGUUUGGGAAGAUAGGCGUGUAAAAUGUCCUGACUAUUAUCUCAUCCAUUGAAACAGAUCUGAGGUCAGUCUGUCUUUAUUUAGCUCUGUUGAAGUUGAUGUCUUAAAAUGCCGUCAGACUAACUUUCACUUUGUCAGAACAGAAAACCAGUGAACAGUAAAGUUCUGAUCCAGGUGUCCCCUCCAGCUCUUAAUGAUCAUUUCUUUUCUCCUCUCAUCCUGAGCAGAACUCUCCAGGAGCUCCAGGUCUCUUGAAAUGUCCACAGCCCGAAACCUCAGACUCACCUCUGAAGAGAGGGAAGACGGCCAUAUUGGAUCUGUAUGUCCCUCCUCCACCUGCUGCACCUUACAAACCACUGUGAGUACCACACUGACUGAUCUGAUCGUUUAUCCCGACUGUAUUUAAUCUCUACUCACAUGAACGUGUCUCUCCUCCUCUAAAGAGACUUGAACAUGAACGUGUCUCAAGGAGUCAAAAUGAGGCCCAAGUCUCCAAACUCGUGUCUGGACGCAGAGGUUAAGCGGCGCUCCAGCUUUAUCGACAAACCGCCGGCAGUCAGUCCCUCGUAUGAAGUCAACAAACCGGUCCCUGUCCUCCUCAGGAAGCGCUCGUCUGCUCGCUGUAAGACAUGUUUUAUAAAACUGGAAAAUUGAUCUUUGUUCUUCAUGCAUCUACAUCCUGUAACUUUUGUCUCAUCUCGCUUGCAGGUAAACCUCGACCCGUCUCCAUGCCGGUGGAGAUUUCAAGCGUCCCCGACUUUUCCCAGCCCGGGUUUAAAGGAAGAAAAGGUGAGCUACACCUGUCCCUGUCACACAGACGCUGUAAUCUGAGCGUUAUCAGUAACAGCCGCCUGUCGGCUUCAUUAACGGCUGCAGACUGAGCGCUGUGAGGAGAGUCGCGUGCUUUGAAUUUUUUACCUGUAGAAAAUUAACCCAGAGAGCUGCUGCUGCAUCCACACGGCUGAUUUCAGAGAAGGAACCGUGUGGCAGGAAAACAAACAGGCUGUCAGCAACUUUCAGGUUAUAAAAACCCAUUAAGAGUUUGAAAGUCAAAUGAACCAUCAGCAGCUGAGACGAGUUUGUCUUAUGGAUUGAACGUGUUUUCCUCCAGUCAUCUGAAAAUGUUUUUCUAUUCAUUUCUUUAUUUCACAGAAGUUUGACCAGAAAGAUCACAAAGUUUCACAAAGUCAUGUUCAUGAAAUUUCAGCUUUAAAAUGUGGCUCGAAAACCACCCCGCUGAAAAAUGAUGAUGUUUAUAAAACGAGGCGUCCUCGUCCAGUGGUUCUCAACUGGUGGGUCCUCACCCAAAAGUGGGUCGCAGACACGCUCUAGAUGGGUCACGAACAGCUGGUCAAAAAAGUAAAUAUUUAAUGCGCAUCUGAUGUUUGACAUGUCUUUUAUUUUGAAAAAUAGCUUAUUUUGAAAGGCAUGUGUUAUAUCGUGGUCCUCCUCGGUUUCUUAUUAAUGUGGCCUGAAUGAAGUAAAAAUACAUGUUUUUUAUUUUUGGUCUUUAUUUUGUGCAAUUUGAUAUUUGAUCAUUUCUGUAUAUGCAACUUUAGUAGUCGUCAUCCUCAGUUCAUGUGCUCUGAAAUACAAUUUACUCAAUAAAAUGGGUGUAUUUAUGUUAAAGAUUUGAGUCCUCAAAGGUUUUUUAUAUAAAAAAAUAAAUUUGCUUGAUCUGAAUUUUAUAAAAGUGGGAAGCGACUUAAGGAACAAGGGAAAAUGUGGGUCCCAGAGUGAGACCAGUUGAGAACCAAUGUCCUAGUCCACUGUCCUGGACUUGUGCAGAGGCCACACCCACCUGCCGCUUUAAAGUGUCAAUCAAACAAACAGAUUAAUGUUCACUGCAGACACUGCUGGGGUGUUUAUUCUGCAGAUUCCUCUUAAAGGGAACUUUGACUUAAAUUUUGACCUCCGUAGAGAAUAAUGUUUGUGUUGUCUGUCCCGUCUCCUCUUCAGGUCAGAGCGUUCUGCACAGAUAUCUGAGUAACGAGGGAAUCAGCACCAUCACGGAGGAGGAACCCUGCUACCCUCUGCCAUACCGAGGACACCCAUCCGUCCGCGGCGUCGACCACAUCAGAGGCAGCCAGUGCUUCAUCAACGCCGACCUGCACAACAGCGCCACCAUCCCCUACCCGGAGGAAUCAUCCAAAAAGUCCUCGUCCUCCAGCUCUGCUGCUGUAACCAAACAGUCCACGUCACUGUUCGGAGGUUUACUGGCCCGACUCAGGCUGCUGAGCCACUGACCAGGGCUGGACACGGUCUAAAACCUCUGUUUGGCUCUGUGAGGAGGUUUUUAUUCUCAGUGUGAACCUCAGGACAUCUGCGGGAGGAACGUUUCGGAAAAAAUCCAAAACAGCAGAUCACAAAGACUAAGGUUAGAAUCAAAGAUCUGACAGGAGGAGGAUUCCUGAAGGAGACUUUUCCAGAAUCAUCCGGCCUCUUCAGAGUCUGUUGAUGAUUCCUGCUUUCAUUCAGAAACACAACAAGGAGAAGAAACGCUGCUCUCAGACCAGUUAAUUGAAUUUUCCACCUUUUAGAAAACAAAAGCACAGAAAUGUGAGAUGAAGUCAGAUGAUUGACUGACGUGUUUCAUAGCAUUUUAAAGUCAAAAUCAAACAGGUCACCAUGCUCAGAGAGAGGGCAGAUAAUUUAUGAAAGAACAUAAAGAUUCAAGAAGAAAUACAGAACAGAACAAAAAACAGAUUAAUGAAAACUCUUCAAAACACUUUAUGACUUCCUAAACACUGAAAACUGUUUGAUUAACCUUUGAUACUUCUUACAGAAAGUCAGCAGGAGGAAAAACUCACUUUGAAACACUCAAAGUUUCUUAGUUUCUGCACAGACAUCUGUUUCAUCUUAGCUUUGAAGAUUUUUGGACUUAAAAUUGAACAAAAGUGAGAAAAUCUGUCAUGUCUGCACAAAUCUGCUUAAAUUAAGCAGAUUUUUGUUCAUAAACAUGCAUCCAGCGGGAACAAGGACCAGUCAGCAAAAAUAAAAUCAUCCUUGUAUUUCUAUAAAAGAACAGAAAGAAGCUUCUUUACAGAUUAUUCAUCACAGCUGCUGUAGUUAACAUAUUCCUCUCAAUCUCAGGAGCUUCUAGAGUUUUUGUCGUUGUUUCACAUUAUUGUAAAUAUGUUUUUUAAGAUUGAUUUAUCAUUACAGACCAAAUUUUAUUCAGUUAUUGAAGAAGUCUGUUUUUCUGAGAGCAUAAGUUCAUGAGACGGAGAAGAAAGUGGAAGUCAAGGGCACAGUGAAGUUUCUGAGGAUUUCUGACGCCUAAUGAGACGUGUUACAACACUAAUGAGGAAGUACACUUUUAGUUUUGGAGGGAGAAGUUAAAAUACCUUUUAAAGUUAAAACCACUUUCAUAGAACAAUAAAAUGUAACUAACAAAAUAUUAAUCUACUCAAUGUUUUCAAACAUUUUUAAAGACAUCUGUGUAUCAUACUAUUUUCAUUUUCACUGUUUAAAAAAAAACAAAGUCCAACAAACUUUAAAUUUGUCUUCCUUUGUUCUCAUGGUCCUCACAUUUACCCUAAAAGAAUAUUUCUGAGAUUGUGCCUGAUUUCAUUUGAACGUUACAAGCGCCACACUGUCCUUCAGAGAUUCACAAAGACUUUAUUUUCAGCAGUCGUCUGCUGAACGCUGCUUCACAUUUCAGGUGAAACUUCCUGAUCAAACAUUUUCAGGGUCAGUCAUGCACUCUAAUAAAAUAAUUCCUCUUUAAGACUCUUUAAAAAACUCCUGCAUGUUUGAGAUAUCUUCAUGAACAUGAAGGAGAACUCAGUGAAGGAGUUCCUCAGGGCAGGUUUCUAGAUCCUCUGAGGUUUACACUCUGGAAAGAGAGUUUCUGAUUUAUUUUAAGUGUCUUUUCACUAACCAAACAUUGUGCAGAAGCUUUCAUACAGACUAACAGAGUGUACUGAAUAUUGUAAAUAUCACAGAAAUAACCUCGUUUGUUCUUUACUGAAUCAAAUUCCUUAAACCAGUGACACCAAAUCUUUUAUGUACUUUUGAAAAAAGUUUAGAUUAUUGUUUUCAGAGCAUAUAAUUUCUAUUCAAAGUGAGAUAGCUUUGGGAAGAGAACAUUUCAGACAUGUUAUGUAUUACCACUUACGGCCACAGGGGUCACUGUUGUGUAGAAGUUACAUAAAGUCUCAUUGGAAGUUUAUUGUACAGGUUUCUGAACUCUGGAGGUUCCUGUUUGUAAAGGUCUCAUCGCCUUUAUCAUAUUUGGAUUUUUUUUUUGUAAAUAUUUCAAGUUCUCUGUAAAAAUCUCUGAGUUUAACCAUUUCAUUUAUGAUGUGUACAUCUGAAUCCAGAGCUGCAGUAUCAUGUCUCUAUCAUCCUCUGUCAUUUCAGCAAAAUAUGAACAAUAAAGUGCAAUUUAUCAGAAAA